UUGGUUAUAUAUACAUUUUGCAGAGUAGAAUUGGGUGUGAAUUGAGGAGGAUGUGGUUGGGGUGUUGGGUGUAGCUGGAUGGAGGGAGGAGUAACUGCGACAUUUGCAUUUCAAUCUUCCAAGAGGCAUCCUGCCAGUAGCAUAUACUGGCGUUUUGUGUGCAAAUGUCAAAGUCUCCCUCUCUUGAGAAGCACCAGUCCGUUUAUUCUUCUUCUGAGCCUAGGUCAGUACUUCUGUUUCGUAAUCAAUAGGAACUUACUAUUCAUAGUAUCUUACUUUACAAAGCAGGCAAAUGAUGUAAAUGAGUGCUGUGGACUUGGUUGAAAUUCAAUGUACAAGUGAUGGAUGUCUAUGAUUCAGCUGAGCUUGACAUGAACUUCACUUGUAAUUGUGUAAAUACUGACAAGUUGCUGCUGAAUAAUUACCCAAAAAUAUACAGGGAGUUAUUAUGGCUACAGAAAUAGAGGAUCCCGAGUCUACUAUGUCAACAGUUGCUAAGCUUGUGGAGCAACUGCAUGCCAAGUUGUCAUCAGCACAAGAGAAGGAACUUAUCACAACACGAUUGCUAGGUAUUGCCAGGAGAAGAAAGGAUGGCAGGGCACUUAUUGGCACUCAUUCUCAAGCGAUGCCAUUGUUCAUAAACAUUCUUAGAAAUGGAACCUCUCUUGCGAAAGUUAAUGUUGCUACUAUUCUCAGUGUACUGUGCAAAGAUGAAGACUUGAGGUUAAAAGUUCUUCUUGGUGGUUGUGUCCCACCAUUGCUGUCAAUUUUAAAAUAUGAAUCAACUGAUGCAAGAAAGGCGGCAGCUGAAGCAAUAUAUCAAGUUUCCAUCGGAGGUCUGUCAGAAGAUCAUGUUGGUAUGAAAAUUUUCGUUACAGAAGAUGUAGUUCCAACGUUGUGGAAUCUACUAAGUCCUAAGAACAAGCAAGACAAAAUUGUUGAGGGUUUUAUUACUGGAGCAUUAAGAAAUUUGUGUGGUGACAAAGAUGGCUACUGGAAUGCAACAUUAGAAGCUGGAGGUAUUGAAAUCAUUGUGGAUCUCUUGUCUUCAGACAAUGCUGUUUCUCAGUCAAAUGCAGCUUCUCUGUUGGCACGUCUAAUGUCGGCUUUCAGUGGUAGCAUCCCAAAAGUAAUAGACUCUGGAGCAGUUAAAGCUUUAGUUCGACUUGUAGGGGAGGAAAACAAUAUUUCUGUUCGAGCUGGUGCUGCUGAUGCUCUAGAGGCCCUUUCUUCAAAGUCAACCAAUGCGAAGAAAGGUAUUGUUGAUUCUGAUGGUGUUCAAAUCCUUAUUGGAGCCAUAGUUGCUCCUUCAAAAGAAUGUAUGCAAUCUGAUGGCGGCCAGGCUCUUCAAGGGCAUGCAACACGAGCUCUAGCCAAUUUAUGUGGUGGCAUGCCUGCAUUAAUAAUAUAUCUUGCAGAACUUUCCUGUUCUCCUCGUUUGACAGCUCCAGUUGGUGAUAUAAUAGGCGCUCUUGCUUACACCCUUAUGGUCUUUGAGGAAAAGGAUGAUGAUCAGGAUCAUUUUGAUGCAACUAAGAUAGAGGAUAUUUUAGUAACUCUUUUAAAGCCUCGAGAUAACAAGCUUAUUCAAGAGCGUGUCCUUGAGGCCAUGGCUAGCCUAUAUGGUAAUGUCUAUCUCUCGAAGUUUCUCUAUCAAGCAGAUUCAAAGAAGGUUCUCAUUGGGCUUAUAACUAUGGCUGCCAUUGAUGUGCAAGGGUAUUUGAUACGUUCACUGACAAGCUUGUGCUGUGACAGGGUAGGAAUAUGGGAGGCGAAAAAAAGAGAAGGUAUUCAGUUACUUAUAUCUAUGCUGGGAUUAUCUAGUGAGCAGCAUCAAGAGUACUCGGUUGAACUGCUAGCAAUCUUAACUGACCAGGUUGAGGACAGCAAGUGGGCAAUCACUGCUGCUGGAGGGAUUCCACCAUUGGUGCAGUUGCUGGAGACAGGAUCGCAAAAAGCAAGAGAGGAAGCAGCUCAUGUUCUUUGGAGUUUGUGUUGUCACAGUGAAGACAUCCGUGCUUGCGUUGAAAUUGCUGGGGCCAUUCCAGCAUUUCUGUGGCUUCUUAAGAGUGGUGGACCAAAAGGACAAGAAGCUUCUGCUUUGGCACUGAUGAAGCUUGUCAGAGUUGCUGAUUCUGCAACGAUAAAUCAGCUAUUAGCAAUGCUCCUAGGAGAUUCUCCAACCUCAAAGGGACAUAUAAUCCGAGUUUUAGGUCAUGUACUUACUGUGGUUUCACAGAAAGAUCUUGUGGAAAAGGGAUGUGCAGCAAAUAAAGGCCUAAGAUGUCUUGUUCAGGUUAUCAAUGCAUCAAAUGAGGAAACCCAAGAAUUUGCGACUUCAGCGAUAGCUAAUUUAUUUACCACAAGACAAGACAUUUGUGAUGGUCUAGUAAAUGAAGACCUUGUGCUUCCUUUAAUGAAGCUUCUGACUAACAAAAAUCAAGGUGUGGCCAUUCAGUCAGCUCGAGCAUUAAGUUCUCUAUCACGUCCAACCAAUAGCAAAGCUGCAAAUAAGUUGUCUUAUAUAGUACUUGAAGGAGAUGUUCAACCACUAAUUAAGUUGGCUAAAACAUGCUGUGUGGAUGAUGCAGAAACUUCUGUUGCUGCUUCUGAAUCUGCUGUUGCUGCAUUGGCCAACCUUCUUUUUGAUCCUUAUAUUGCUGCCGAGGCCCUGGCUGAAGAUGUUGUUCCAGCUUUAACAAGAAUUCUGGAGAAAGGAACCUUGGAAGGUAAACAAAAUGCAUCACGAGCUCUUCAUGAAUUAUUGAAGCAUUUUUCAGUAGGAGAUCUUCUUAAGGGAGACGAACAGUGCCGUUUAACUUUGCUAGCCCUUGUUGAUUCAUUAAGAUCUAUGCAUAUAGAUGAGACUGAAGCUGCAGAUGCUUUAGAUGUGAUUGCAUUGCUAGCUAGGACAAAACAUGAUGUCAGCCUCACUUAUCCUCCAUUGUUGGUUCUGGCUGAUAAAUCUUGCUUAGAACCCCUUGUCUGCUGCCUUGCUGAUGGUCCACCCAUUGUGCAAGACAAGGCAAUUGAAAUUUUGUCCAGACUUUGUGGAGAUCAGCCAGUUGUUCUUGGUGACUUGUUGUCUUCUAGUUCCAGAUGCACUGGAUCAUUAGCUCAUAGAAUAAUUAACUCUGCUAGUUUAGAAGUAAAAGUUGGAGCAGCUGCCUUACUAAUUUGCACUGUAAAUAAUAAGAAAGAGCUCUCAAUGGAUUUGCUUGACACUUCUGGAUAUCAAAAACCAUUGAUUUACUCCUUAGUUGACAUGAUGAAGCAAAGUUCUAAUUGUUCAUUGUUAGAAAUCGAAGUUUGCACCCCUAGAGGUUUUAUGGAGAAGAAUGCAUUUCCAGAAGUUGAUGAGUCAGAAAUUCCUGAUGCAGCCACAGUCUUGGGUGGUACUGUUGCCUUGUGGUUACUCUCAAUUAUUGCUUCUGUCCAGGUAACAAACAAAUUAAUAAUUUUGGAAGCUGGUGGACUGGAAAUUCUCUCUGAGAAACUUGCAAGACAUGUCUCAAAUCCACAGGCACAAUAUGAGGAUACUGAAGAAAUAUGGAUCAGCGCAUUACUCUUGGCCAUUUUAUUUCAAGAUACAAAGGUCAUUCAAUCUCCUGCAACAAUGUGCACUGUACCUUCUCUGAAUCUACUUCUAACAUCUGAGGAAGUAAUUGACAAUUUUGCUGCCCAGGCUAUGGCUAGUCUUGUUCAAAAUGGUGAUAAGGGAAUAGGUCUUGCCAUUGCAAAUUCUGGUGCUGUCCCAGGAUUGAUAACUAUGAUUGGGCAUAUAGAAACAGAUAUGCCAAAUCUCAUGGCUUUAUCAGAUGAGUUUUCCUUGGUGCGAACUCCUGAUCAAGUUGUUUUGGAUCAUCUAUUUGAAAUUGAGGAUGUAAGACUGGGAUCUGUUGCACGGAAAUCUAUACCUCUUUUAGUAGAUCUCUUGAAACCAAUACCAGAAAGGCCCGGUGCUCCAGCAGCUGCCCUUAGACUCUUGAUUUCCCUUGCAGAUGGGAGUGAUACAAAUAAAUUAAUACUUGCUGAAGCUGGAGCUCUGGAGGCUUUGAACAAAUACCUGUCCUUGAGCCCUCAAGACACUACUGAGGCUACUAUUUCUGACUUACUGAGAAUAUUAUAUUGCAAUUCUGACCUAAUUAAUCAUGAAGCAUCGACAAAUUCACUGAACCAACUCAUAGCUGUUUUGCGUCUUGGUUCAAGAAAUUCUAGAUAUAGUGCAGCUAGAGCACUCCAUGAACUCUUUGAUUCUGUGAAUAUUAGAGACUCAGAAUUAGCUAAACAGGCCGUUCAUCCAUUGGUUGACAUGCUGAAUAAUACGUCAGGAAGUGAGCAGGAGGCUGCUUUAAUGGCCUUGGUCAAGUUAAUGUCAGGAAAUUCUUCAAAAGCAUCUCUGUUUAUUGAUGUGGAAGGCAACCCCCUUGAAAGUUUACACAAAAUAUUGUCCUCCGCUUCAUCCUUGGAGUUGAAGAAUUAUGCUGCGCAACUCUGCUUUGUACUGUUUGGUAAUAGUAAGAUCAGAGCAGAACGAAUUGCCUCAGAAUGCAUAGAACCCCUUAUAUCACUGAUGCAGUCUGAUUCUGAGAGUGCGAUAGAGUCUGGGGUUUGUGCUUUUGACAGAUUGUUAGAAGAUGAACAUCAGGUAGAGCUUGCAGCAGCCUGCAACAUCGUGGAUUUCCUUGUCAGCUUGGUUUCUGGUACAAACUAUCAGCUUAUUGAGGCAACCAUAUCUGUUCUCCUCAGAUUGGGCAAAGAUAGGACUCCAACCAAAUUAGACAUGGUCAAAUCUGGAAUUAUUAAUAACUGUCUCAAGCUACUACCAUUAGCACCUAGCUCAUUAUGCUCUACUAUAGCUGAGCUGUUUCGCAUCUUAACAAAUAGUAAUGCAAUUGCCAGAAGUUCAGAGGCUGCAAAAAUUGUAGAACCCCUUUUCCAUGUUUUGCUAUGUCGAGAUUUCAACUUAUGGGGACAGCAUAGUGCCUUACAAGCACUUGUAAACAUAUUGGAAAAGCCACAAAGUCUUGCAACUUUAAAGCUUACACCUAGUGAAGUUAUUGAACCCUUGAUUUCUUUUCUGGAAUCCCCAUCCCAAGCUAUUCAGCAACUUGGCACAGAACUCUUAGCUCAUAUUCUUGCACAGGAGCAUUUUCAACAGGAUAUUUCAACAAAAAAUGCAGUUCCACCUCUUGUACAGCUUGCAGGAAUUGGAAUAUUGAACUUGCAACAAACAGCAAUAAAAGCAUUGGAAAAACUUUCCAAAACCUGGCCAAAGGCAGUUGCUGAUGCCGGAGGUAUUUUUGAGCUUGCAAAGGUUAUUAUUCAAGAUGAUCCUCAACCGCCACAUGCACUCUGGGAAUCAGCUGCUUUAGUUCUCUCUAAUAUAUUAUAUUCUGAUGCGGAUUACUAUUUUAAAGUUCCUGUGGCGGUUCUUGUAAAACUGUUAAACUCAAAAGUUGAGAAUACAGUUAGCAUAGCCCUUAACGCAUUAGUAGUUCAUGACACAAGUGAUGCUUCAAGUGCUGAACAGAUGGUGGAAGCUGGAGCUAUAGAUGCUCUGCUGGACCUUCUAAGAUCUCAUAAUUGUGAAGAAGCAUCUGGUAGAUUACUCGAAGCUUUAUUCAACAAUGUGAAAGUACGAGAGAUGAAGAUGUCGAAGUAUGCUAUAGCACCAUUAUCACAGUAUCUAUUAGAUCCGCAUACCAAAUCAGAGCCUGGCAAGCUUCUUGCUGCUUUAGCUCUAGGAGAUCUUUCACAGUACGAGGGACAUGCUAGAGCUAGUGACUCAGUUUCUGCAUGCCGUGCAUUGAUAAGUUUACUUGAAGAUCAGCCAACUGAAGAAAUGAAGAUGGUGGCUAUAUGUGCAUUGCAGAACUUCGUCAUGAACAGCAGGACCAACAGAAGAGCUGUUGCAGAAGCUGGGGGCAUAUUGGUGAUUCAGGAAUUGCUGCUGUCUCUAAAUACAGAAGUUGCUGCACAAGCAGCAUUGCUGAUCAAAUUUUUGUUCUCUACCCACACUCUACAAGAAUAUGUGUCAAAUGAGCUAAUCAGGUCUUUGACAGCUUCAUUGGAAAGAGAGUUGUGGUCAACUGCCACAAUCAAUGAAGAGGUUUUGAAAACACUGCAUGUGAUAUUCAUGAACUUCCCUAAGCUCCAUGUGUCCGAAGCUGCAACACUUUGUAUUCCUCAUUUGGUAGGAGCUCUUAAAUCUGGUGGUGAAGCAGCUCAGGACUCCGUACUUGAUACCUUUUGCUUGCUGAAACAAUCUUGGUCAACUAUGCCAAUAGAUAUUGCAAAGUCUCAGGCUAUAGUUGCUGCUGAAGCGAUCCUCUUGCAAAUGCUCAUGAAAACCUGCCCACCAAGCUUCCAUGAGAAGGCAGAUUCUCUUCUGCACUGCUUACCAGGUUGUUUGACUGUCAUCAUUAAGCGUGGAAAUAACCUCAAGCAAACUAUGGGAGGUACAUAUGCAUUUUGCAGGUUGACAAUAGGCAAUGGUCCUCCAAACCAAACCAAGAUGGUUCAUGGUACUUCUCCAGAAUGGAAAGAAGGAUUCACGUGGGCAUUUGAUGUGCCUCCAAAGGGCCAAAAACUUCAUAUUGUGUGCAAAAGCAAGAAUACUUUUGGGAAGACAACUCUCGGAAGAGUCACUAUCCAAAUCGAUAAAGUUGUGACUGAAGGAGUUUAUAGCGGAAUAUUCAGUCUUAAUCAUCAUGAUGGCAAUAAAGACGGUUCAUCCCGAACUCUUGAAAUUGAGGUUAUGUGGUCCAAUAGGAUUUCUGAUGAAGAUAUUUAAAGGAUCGCAGGUUGCUUUUCUGUUUAGAAGCUCGGAAAAUUGAUUUGCAGCAUGCAUGAUAAAGUGCGGCGGAUGUAUGUUUUUGCCUGUAAUUAUUACAUAUUUGAUAAGGCCCCGUGUUGUAGUUUGGCAGACGAAGUUUAUUCAGUUGUUAGUGUAAAUUUUAUCAUAAAUGUCCAGAGGCAGGUGUUCGAAAUGGAAUCUCCCACGGUCAAGGAAAUCAAAAGAUGGUUAGCAAUGUACAGGUCAAUCCAUAGGAUCUAGAAACAUGAAUCAUAGGAAGAACUUGCAUAUUUAAAUUGAAUUUGUCCAAAGCAUAUAUUCGUUUCUUUUCGCUUUUCCCCUCCCUAUAGCCGCUGAUAUUGGGAUGUACACAGCUUCUGUAAAGUGGCUGUUAGUUUGUUUUAUGCCGCCAAAGGAUGAUAACCUAACCAGAAAUUCUGUGGUCUGCCUAGUACAAUUUCUUUUUCUGUAA